AUGGCCUGCCUGCCUAUCAGCCAUCCAAAGCGGCUGCCCUCGAAGGCGAGCAAACUUGAUGAUUACCAGGAACGAAUGAACAAGGGAGAACGUCUGAAUCAAGACCAACUGGAUGCGGUGUCAAAAUACCAGGAAGUGACAAAUAAUCUGGAAUUUGCUAAAGAACUGCAGAGGAGUUUUAUGGCUCUGAGCCAAGACAUCCAGAAAACAAUAAAAAAGACAGCUCGCAGGGAGCAACUGAUGCGAGAAGAAGCUGAGCAGAAGCGUUUAAAGACUGUUCUAGAGCUACAGUUUAUUUUGGACAAGUUGGGUGAUGAUGAAGUGCGCAAUGACUUGAAACAAGGAUCAAAUGGAGUGCCAGUACUGACAGAGGAGGAACUGACAAUGCUGGAUGAAUUUUACAAGCUAGUUUACCCUGAACGGGACAUGAACAUGAGGUUGAAUGAGCAGUAUGAGCAAGCAUCUGUUCACCUGUGGGACUUACUGGAAGGGAAGGAAAAACCAGUUUGUGGAACAACCUAUAAAGCGCUAAAGGAGAUUGUUGAACGUAUUCUUCAAACUAGUUACUUUGAUAGUACCCAUAACCAUCAGAAUGGAUUAUGUGAGGAAGAAGAGGCAGCACCCGCACCUGCAGUAGAAGACACUGUAGCAGAAGCUGAACCUGAUCCAGCAGAAGAAUUUACUGAACCAACUGAAGUUGAAUCAACUGAGUAUGUAAACAGACAAUUCAUGGCAGAGACUCAGUUCAGCAGUAGUGAGAAGGAACAGGUAGAUGAGUGGACAGUUGAAACGGUUGAGGUUGUAAACUCGCUGCAGCAACAGACACAAGCUACAUCUCCUCCGGUUCCUGAACCUCACACGCUCACUACUGUGGCUCAAGCAGACCCUCUUGUUAGAAGACAGCGAGUACAGGACCUUAUGGCGCAGAUGCAGGGCCCGUAUAACUUCAUGCAGGAUUCUAUGUUGGAGUUUGAGAACCAAACACUUGAUCCUGCCAUUGUAUCUGCACAGCCCAUGAAUCCAGCACAGAACUUGGACAUGCCACAAAUGGUUUGCCCUCCAGUUCAUGCCGAGUCAAGACUUGCCCAGCCUAAUCAAGUUCCUGUGCAACCAGAAGCUACACAGGUUCCCUUGGUUUCUUCUACAAGUGAGGGAUAUACAGCCUCCCAACCCAUGUAUCAGCCUUCUCACACAACAGAGCAACGGCCACAGAAAGAAUCAAUUGACCAGAUUCAGGCUUCAAUGUCACUGAAUGCAGACCAGACCCCAUCAUCAUCGUCGCUUCCCACUGCAUCUCAGCCGCAGGUGUUCCAAGCUGGAUCUAGCAAACCUUUGCAUAGCAGCGGAAUCAAUGUUAAUGCAGCUCCAUUCCAAUCCAUGCAAACAGUAUUCAACAUGAAUGCACCUGUUCCUCCUGUUAAUGAGCCAGAAACCCUUAAGCAGCAAAAUCAGUACCAGGCCAGUUACAACCAGAGUUUCUCCAAUCAGCCUCACCAAGUAGAGCAAUCAGAUCUGCAGCAAGAACAACUCCAGACAGUGGUUGGUACUUACCAUGGUUCCCCGGACCAGAGCCAUCAAGUGGCGGGUAACCACCAGCAACCUCCCCAACAGAAUACUGGAUUUCCACGCAACAGUCAGCCUUAUUAUAACAGUCGAGGAGUGUCUCGUGGUGGAUCACGUGGGGCUCGUGGCUUAAUGAACGGUUACAGGGGACCCGCAAAUGGAUUUAGAGGAGGAUAUGAUGGCUACCGUCCUUCCUUUUCCAACACUCCAAACAGUGGUUACACGCAGCCCCAAUUUAAUGCUCCUCGGGAUUAUUCAAACUACCAGCGGGAUGGAUAUCAACAGAAUUUCAAACGUGGCUCUGGACAAAGUGGACCUCGCGGAGCUCCUAGAGGUCGUGGAGGGCCCCCAAGACCAAACAGAGGGAUGCCUCAAAUGAAUGCUCAACAAGUGAAUUAAAAGAAAUUCACGGGAUUACAUUAAACGCCAAAAACACACUGGCCAGUGUACUAUACAUGUUACCAGAAGAGUUAUCUAUUUGUUCUCCCUUACAGGAAGUUUGUUGUAAAGGGACUAUUUUCAUUACCCAUAAUGACAGGACUACAGUUGCCAGCUUUAUAUUACCUGGAUAUGGAAAGGAACGAAACAACGUUUACUCUGCAUGUUCUGUCCUAAGCAUCAUCUUGAGCCUUGCACAUGAGAUUCAGAUUCCUCACCCUUGCUAAGAGUAAAGCAAAAAAGGCAAUUUUCAGGGUGAUCCAAUAUCCAUGGUUAACUGAAGUGGCAGGAAAAAGCAAAGACUCACUUCUGACAUUUAAAAGUGAUGUAACAAAUUUGGAUAAAAUCUGCAAAUUCGUAAAGAUUUACCGUGGUGGCAGUUGAUAAAACUUAAUGUUCCCAUGAAAGGAUGGAAAAGGUGAAGUGUGGCUUGGUAGAGCAACUGCAUUUCAGCUUUUUCUUAUUAAAUUGAAGC